AUUUUGAUUGGAAGUCUUGCACAUCAGUUAUCGCGCGAUUCGCAAAGUAAGGAGCGUCACAAUGGAGGUAAACACAGUUUUCAUAGUUCUGGCCGGACUGGUUUCACUAAGUGAGGCAAUGACGACCGCCGCCGCUACAUACGGUUGUGGCAAGACUGCCUACACCCACGCAGCAGCGAACAACGGUGUCCUCUUUGCCAUCGAUCAGACCUGCUACGAGCUUAUUAAGACACACCACCCCUGGCAGAGAUCUGAGGACGACUGUGUAUCCCGGGGUGGUCAUCUGGCCCAUAUCGAAAACGCCCAGCAGCAAGACAGGAUCUUCCAGGUGGUGACGGCUUACCAUGGAGAUAAUGUAUGGAUUGGACUGAACGAUAAAACUACGGAGGAGACGUUUGAGUGGAGUUCUGGUGAUGCUGUGACGUACACUAACUGGGUAGCUGACAGACUGAACCCUGACUUCCACUACAACGAGGACUGCGUGGCAAUGUCGUUCAAGGACCAGGGCAAAUGGGAAGACGUCUUCUGUACACUUGCGCACUCAUAUGCCUACGUAUGUGAAUACGACGCGGUUGCUGGCGUUUCCAUGGAUCACACAACUCUUCUCCCCGCUGCUGCCCUUAUGUCAGACGGAGACAGCAGCUUGUGCCCAUCUCACCUUGCCACCAGUACUCGCCAUCUUUUGGCCCAGUACGAGCAAAGCUGCUACGAACUCCUCCUGUCCACCAGCUCCUGGACGCGCGCGGAAACCACGUGCACCCACGCCGGUGGCAAGGUCCUCCUUAUUGACAACGCCAAUGAGCAGAACUACAUUGAGGGUUUCUUGAAGAGACACCAUCAGACUGACUCUGUGUGGCUGGACAUCAGUGACAGAAACAUUGAAGGCACCUUCGAGACAUCGGCUGGCACCGCACCGGUCUACACCAACUGGAAGCCCAACUACUUCAGCGCCAACCUACACUCUAGAGAGGAUUGUGUGGCCAUGUUCCCGACCGUUAAUGGCACGUGGGACGAUAUAUCAUGCACGUCAUCACACCACGUUGUCUGUGAAUACGGUCUCGCCACAGUCAUGCCGGGAGUUAUCGUACUUGGAUAGAUGCAUUUGAAUUGGGCCGAGUAAAAACAAUGACAUAAAUUUACGCUUAAUAAAAACAAGAAAUGAA